UUUUCCCGCAGGCGAGUGUGUGUGUGUCUGCACGCGCGAGCGCAGUUCGUGCAUUUUCCACCCCUACCCCUUUUCCCACCGCACCACAAGCAGCAUUAAUUGCAAGCGAAAAAGCACGGCCUGCUGCUCCGUGCUCCGUGCUCCGAGUGUGUCCCCACGUUGUUGUAUGAUGCCAUUCUAGUGAAGUACGACGUUCUGUCCGAACAGACAACACACUCUCGCACACUCUCGCGUAUGAUGUGGACGGUAGUAGCUGCGCCCGUCCGGCAGGUGGUGUAGUAAAUCGAAUUUCUUACCAGUCAAAACCGUAAACCCGUGUACCGCGCGAUUCAACAUGAAGUUUGCCGAGCAUCUGGCCGCCCACAUUACGCCGGAAUGGCGCAAACAGUACAUCCAGUACGAGGAGAUGAAGGCCCAGCUGUACGCGGCCGUGGAACAAUCUCCCUCGGCCGAGCUGGUCGAUCCGGAGGUACUGACGCGGUACUUUGCCAAAUUCGACGAGCAGUUUUUCCACUACUGCGACAGCGAACUGGCCAAAAUCAACACCUUCUAUUCAGAGAAACUUGCCGAAGCGACGCGCAAAUUUGCCAACCUCCGGACCGAGCUGAGCGAAACGCUCGAGAUGGAGGAGAGCACCAAGAUGAAGAAGAAGGACAAUCUGCACAAGAUGAAGAAGAAUCUGCUGCGCAAGAAGAACGUGUCGGUGCGCAAAAUCCAGGAGCUGAAGCUUGCAUUUAGUGAGUUCUAUCUGAGCCUGAUCCUGCUGCAGAACUACCAGAACCUCAACUUUACCGGCUUCCGGAAGAUACUGAAGAAGCACGACAAGCUGCUGAACGUCGACUUUGGCGCCCGGUGGCGGGCGGAGCACGUCGAGUCGGCCCACUUCUACGUGAACAAGGACAUCGACCGGCUGAUCCACGAGACGGAGAACAUCGUGACGAACGAGAUCGAGGGGGGCGACCGGCAGCGGGCCAUGAAGCGGCUGCGGGUACCGCCGCUCGGUGAGCAGCAGAGCCCGUGGACCACGUUCAAGGUGGGCCUGUUUUCCGGCUCGCUCAUCGUGCUGUGCGUGGCCGUCGUCCUGUCGGCCAUGUUCCGGCUGCGGCGGGACGAUUGGAUCGUCGCUUUCCGGCUGUUCCGCGGCCCGCUGCUGAUCGUGGAGUUUAUGUUCCUGUGGGGCAUCAACGUGUACGGGUGGCGGUCGUCCGGCGUGAACCACGUGCUCAUCUUCGAGCUGGACCCGCGCAACCAUCUGUCCGAGCAGCACAUCAUGGAGCUGGCAUCGAUCUUCGGCGUGAUCUGGACGAUGAGCGUGCUGGGCUAUCUGUAUGCGGAUGCGUUGGCCAUCCCGGCGUACCUGAGCCCGCUUAUUCUGUACCUGCUCAUGGCAGGGUUUCUGCUGAACCCGACGAAAACGUUCCGCCACGAGGCACGCUUCUGGACGCUGCGCAUACUGAGCCGCAUCGUGCUGGCGCCGUUCUUCUACGUCAACUUUGCCGACUUCUGGCUGGCGGAUCAGCUGAACAGCAUCGUGCCGGCCUUUUUGGACCUGCAGUACUUCCUCUGCUUCUUUUCCACGAUCAGCAACUGGAGCUAUGCGGAGGAUCCAAACCAGUGCAUCAACAAUUCGCUCUGGAUCCGGCCGGUCGUGGCCAUGCUGCCGGCCUGGUUCCGAAUGGCCCAGUGUUUGCGGCGGUUCCGUGAUACGCGCGAUGCCCAUCCGCAUCUUGCCAACGCGCUCAAGUACUCGACGUCGUUCUUUGUGGUCAUUUUUUCGUCCAUUACGCAGGCGACGCGGGAUCAGUACGCGAAGAGUUCGGACAAUCCGUGGUUUUACCUGUGGAUACUGGCAUCGAUCGUGUCGUCCUGCUACGCGUACACCUGGGACAUUAAGAUGGAUUGGGGCCUGUUCGAUUCCAAGUCGAGCGAUAACAAGUUUUUGCGCGAUGAAGUCGUGUACAGCUCGAAUUGGUUCUACUAUUUUGCCAUCGUUGAGGAUCUCAUUCUGCGCUUUGGAUGGACGCUCUCGAUGAGUCUGAUCGAGAUGGGUUACAUUGAUCGGGAGAUUAUCGUCUCAAUUCUUAGCCCGCUGGAGGUAUUCCGUCGCUUCAUCUGGAACUACUUCCGGCUGGAGAACGAACAUCUUAACAAUUGCGGUAACUUCCGUGCCGUUCGUGACAUUUCCGUUGCACCGAUGGAUUGCUCCGAUCAGACUACCAUUCUGCGCAUGAUGGACGAGGAGGAUGGUGUACGAAAUCGGCGCACGGUAAAGAAGCUGGCCAAUAAGAAAAAGUCUGAACAGCGGCUGCUACUGCGGGAGGCGGAAUCGACGGAAGAUUUGGAAAUUCUACAUCGUAUCCGUUGAUCAUGCAGCACCAACAGGAUCAUCACAACCCAUUCGGAUUCCACGCUUGAGGAUGGUUUUUAUCAUUUCGUAUCACUUCAUGCUUGAAGAGAACAUUUUUGAAGAGUACCUUAAAGGACGCACUGAUACUUCAAUAGAAGUACUAAGGAAUUAUUGGUCAUUGCAUUUUAAAAAAAAUUGAAAUGGAAGUAGAAUCAAACAUCAUUAUUCCAUUAUUUCAUGUUCCCUUACUCAUUUAUGAACAAGCUUCUUUUUUAAACGUGGCUCAUAGAACUCAUCCGUAGGUCGAUAUACGUGUGUGCUUAGUGGAUUAGGAGCAUAGCAUCCUUGUCUUAGGUACAGUGGUAAUUAGUUCCAAAAGAUGCUAUCGCAUCCGUAGAAUUACAUCGAAACCAUGCGACCCGUCUGAGGAAGGUCUGAUACAGCAUUAUUUCCAAAGACUUGAACAUCAUUCGUGCUUCGUCGGAAUGUAUCGCCAAAUCAAUGUGUAGUAUUAUCUCACUUAAUCGUUGUUAACGCAAUGUGUUUAAAACGUUGGAUUAUAAUAUCCAGGUUAUUGUAUCUCUUUAUGAUCUUUCCUUUUAAUUUUUUUUAUGUGUUUAUGCUCGUUGUGUUUCAUGUGCUCUUUUUCAAUCCACAGCAGCGACAGUUCUAAAAGGCAGGUGCAGUGGGAAAUUUAACAAAUUGGCAAGCAGGUGUGUGAAGGAUUCGUACUCCCUGACUGCACCUGAAUCCUCAAAUCAUGUAGAUGAAUGAAGAACACGGUUAGGUAUCAUCACCAGGAGGAACCAAACAUUGGCUAAGACUAUAGAAAACGGGUUAAAUUUAUUUAAAAAAAAUUAUACUGUGCAACAGUGAAACGGUAAAUUUGUAACUAGUUUUGGUCUAAUGAUUUUGGAAGGAGGAACUAAACUGACCCGUUGUGAUUGGGAAAGAAUAAAUUGUUUCAAUGUA